UUCUUCUCAUUUUCAACCCUCUUUUUUCUUUCAUCCCUCUCUCUAGCUUCUACCCCAUAUAUAUAGACCCCACACACACAGACACAUCACCCACAAAAAUGGAAGACACCAAAUCCAGGUUCAAGAGGAUUUGCGUCUUCUGUGGCAGCAGUUCAGGAAAAAAACCUACCUAUCAAGAAGCUGCCGUUCAACUUGGCAGGGAGCUGGUGGAAAGAAGAAUUGAUUUGGUGUAUGGAGGUGGCAGCGUGGGGCUGAUGGGUCUCGUUUCUCAGGCUGUUCAUGAUGGUGGGCGCCAUGUUCUAGGGGUUAUCCCAACAAGUCUUAUGCCCAUAGAGAUAACAGGUGAACCUAUUGGGGAAGUGAGAGCCGUAUCUAAUAUGCACCAAAGGAAAGCUGAGAUGGCUCGUCAAGCCGAUGCCUUUAUUGCCCUCCCAGGAGGAUAUGGAACCCUUGAAGAAUUGCUGGAAGUCAUUACAUGGGCUCAGCUUGGGAUCCACAGCAAACCCGUGGGGCUUUUGAAUGUGGAUGGAUUUUACAAUUCCUUGUUGUCUUUCAUAGACAAGGCCGUUGAUGAAGGCUUUAUAUCUCCUAAGGCACGACGCAUUAUCGUGUCAGCACCCACAGCCAAAGAAUUGAUGGUAGAACUAGAGGAACAUGUCCCUGAGCAAGAUGAGUUUGCAUCCAAGUUGGUGUGGGAGGAAAGACUAAAUUUCGUGACUGAAUCAGAAGUGACCAUGUGAUUGUGGAAGAUUAAUGAUCCAUGGUGUUUUUUGCUUUUUACGUUUUAUAGCUUUUUGGGUACGUAGGAUUAGGACUCAAUCACUCAUUAAUCAUUAUACGGGCAUAGCAACCGUAGAAUCAAUACAGCAUUUUUUUUACCAUCCUUUUUUAGUGUUACACGGGAACGAGGGUUGUUCAAAAUGUGGAAAAUCCUAUAAUUGAAAAAUUCAUGUUUCCAUUGCCUUGGC